AUGCAAUCACUCAGUACACUGGCUACCGCACUGAACGACAACUCAUCCGCGGCCACACUGGCGCUUCAAGCGCAGAAUUACGCCCUCCAGAGCAGCAUCGACUCUCUCAACGCACGCAUUGCCAACCUCGACCUUAUCUUAUUCGUUAGAAUCACCCGACCCGGCGGCGUCGCUCCCCAGGCGACUCCUGUCGCACUUCAGUCGCGCAUCUCGUCGCUACAAGGCAGCAUCCCCGCUAUUAACAAGCGCGCUACAUCGCUCAACACGGACCUGGCGGGCAUCCUCCCCAACCUCCGUGCAUUGCUGAGUCAGCGAGUGGCAGCGCUCACUGGGAGGGUGGGUGCACUGAAUCUGGACGUGUCGGCGCUCGCUGCGCAGGUGGACGCGCUGAUCGCCCCGCUGAGUGACGCUCUUGGCGUGGCAGACCUCGUGGCUCUGCUGCCGCACCCAGCAGCCGUGCAUCGCCUGCUGUUAUUUUUGCGCCAUCUGCUGCUGCUCUUGUGCUCAAACCCUACUGCUGCUCUGGACUAUCCCGUCACUGCAGGCAUGCUGCGUGGCGUGCUCACCUCGUGCGAGGGCCUUCUCCUGGUGGGAGCAGCCAACAUCCAAAUCACCAGCAUGUAA